CCGCCAUGAAGCCAACAGGCUCACCCUACCACAUGUUCCUGCUAUGAUAUAAUUUGCUGCCACAGGCCCAAAUCAGUGGACUGAAACCUGCAAAACCUUUGUUUUCCUCUUCUCGCCAUCAUAGAACUGACAUAAAAAUGAACAUCUAUAGUCACCUGCAUGAGCACUGAAUGGCGGCCCAGCUGCUUUCUUUUCCCACGUUCUUCCUGGGGAAUUCUUGAUAGGAUGCAAUGCACAGUAUGCCAAUUAAGUCAUUAAAACUUCAAAUGCUACUGUCCAUAGCAGAUUUCCUGGCAUCCAUUAUGAUAUUUUAAGGCGUUAUUGCACAUUCUCUGAACGAUAAAAAAGCACUUGGCAAAAGAAGGAACAAACGGUCUGGAUUCAAAAAUUUGAGUUCAUCUCAUCUUAUUGCCAUUCACUAGCUGUGGGGCCUCAGGCUGACCCCAAAGUUGGGAGAUGGAGAGCAAAUACAGAGAAAUGCUGUUACUGAGGGGCCUGGAUAACAUCACUGAUGAGGAACUGGAUAGGUUCAAGUUCUUUAUUCCAGAUGAAUUCACGAUUGCCAAGAGCAAACUGCAGACUGCAAACAGGACAGAGUUAGCCAACUUGCUGAUUCAAAAUGCGGGUGUGGUGCCUGCGGUGACUAAGACCAUACGUAUCUUCCAGAAGCUGAAUUAUAUGCACGUGGCAAAAAAUCUUCAGGACGAGAAGGCAAAAGUUGAUGAUAAGUAUAUGGGAAAUAAAAAGACCAAAGAAGCAACUCUGACAAAAAGGAAAAGUCUAACUGAAGUGGGUUCUGUGGCCUCUGCAGUCAGCGGCAAUGAUGCCGGCCAGCACCGGUUGGCACCAGCAGUCUCUCCUCAUGUGAAGCCUAAGCAGAAGCAGGUGACGGCCCAGCAGGAAUCUGUCCGAGAAGAAGGGUUGCAGAAAGACCGCAUAAUAGUCAUGGUGCUGAAAGCAAUGAAGCCCUUCGAGUUUGAGACCCAAGAUGGAAGAAAGCAAGAGAUGUUUCAUGCUACUGUGGCCACGGAGAAGGAAUUCUUUCUUGUAAAAGUUUUUAAUAUGCAGCUAAAAGAUAAAUUUGCCCCAAAGAGAACAAUUAUCAUAUCAAAAUAUUGUUGGCACAGUGGUUUUCUGGAGGUGAAUAGUGCCUCACUGAUAGUUGAUGCUAAGUCUGAUCAAGAGAUUAAUGUACCACCGCAUAUUAUCAGGAAAGCUGGGGAAACACCAAAGAUAAAUAAGCUUCAGACUCAGCCCCUUGGGACAAUAGUGAACGGGCUGUUUGUAAUACAGAAGAAAACAGAAAAAAAGGAUCAUGUACUGUUUGACGUCAGUGACAACACAGGGAGCAUGGAAGUAUUGGUGUUCAAAAAACAGAACCAAGUAAACUGUGAGGAAGGAGAUAAGCUUAGACUUACCUUCUUCGAACUGUCAAAAAGUGGAGAAAAGUUACAGCUGAAAUCUGGAGUUCACAGCUUCAUUACGGUUGUUAAGGCCAAAAAAUAAAGAAAUAAAUAAACAAAAAGGAUCAAUUGAACUCAGUUUGUCUAAGCGACAUUUAAUUGAAGAAUCCCUGAUAUAUACUCUUCGACCAGAUUGUGAGCUACCUGGGGGCACCAGUUCACAGGCUCCUUCCCACAUCAAAUUAGUGAAGAUGUGAUGACCGCUGGAUAAACAACUCCAAAAUAUCAACAUAUCAUCAUCAUAAAAGUUAUUUUCUCAUUAA